CCGCCGCCGCCGCGCUCGCGCCAGCGCUCCCGCCUUAAAGGGGCCGCGCCGCCACCGCACCCUCCCCCCUCCCCCCCCAGCCGCGUUCAACCUGCACCCGGGCAGGGUCGGCAGGGCAGAGAGAGGCAGAGAGACACCGGCAACCGCGCCGAGCCCGACCCGCCGCCGCCAUGAGGGAGAUCGUCCACAUCCAGGCCGGCCAGUGCGGCAACCAGAUCGGGGCCAAGUUCUGGGAGGUGAUCAGCGACGAGCACGGCAUCGACCCCACCGGCACCUACCACGGCGACAGCGACCUCCAGCUCGACCGCAUCAGCGUCUACUACAACGAGGCCACCGGGGGCAAGUACGUGCCGCGGGCCAUCCUCGUGGACCUGGAGCCGGGCACCAUGGACUCGGUGCGCUCGGGACCCUUCGGGCAGAUCUUCCGGCCUGACAACUUCGUCUUCGGCCAGAGCGGCGCCGGCAACAACUGGGCCAAGGGCCACUACACGGAAGGGGCCGAGCUGGUGGACUCGGUGCUGGACGUGGUGCGCAAGGAGGCGGAGAGCUGCGACUGCCUGCAGGGCUUCCAGCUGACCCACUCGUUGGGGGGCGGCACGGGCUCGGGCAUGGGCACCCUGCUCAUCUCCAAGAUCCGCGAGGAGUACCCCGACCGCAUCAUGAACACCUUCAGCGUGGUGCCCUCGCCCAAGGUCUCGGACACGGUGGUGGAACCUUACAACGCCACGUUGUCGGUGCACCAGCUGGUGGAGAACACGGACGAGACCUACUGCAUCGACAACGAGGCGCUCUACGACAUCUGCUUCCGCACGCUCAAGCUGACCACGCCCACCUACGGCGACCUCAACCACCUGGUGUCGGCCACCAUGAGCGGCGUCACCACCUGCCUCCGCUUCCCCGGGCAGCUCAACGCCGACCUGCGCAAGCUGGCGGUCAACAUGGUGCCCUUCCCGCGGCUCCACUUCUUCAUGCCGGGCUUCGCCCCGUUGACGUCGCGCGGCAGCCAGCAGUACCGCGCCCUCACCGUCCCCGAGCUCACGCAGCAGGUCUUCGACGCCAAGAACAUGAUGGCCGCCUGCGACCCGCGUCACGGCCGGUACCUCACGGUGGCCGCCGUCUUCCGGGGCCGCAUGUCCAUGAAGGAGGUGGACGAGCAGAUGCUCAACGUGCAGAACAAGAACAGCUCGUACUUCGUCGAGUGGAUCCCCAACAACGUGAAGACGGCGGUGUGCGACAUCCCGCCCCGCGGGCUGAAGAUGGCCGUCACCUUCAUCGGCAACAGCACGGCCAUCCAGGAGCUCUUCAAGCGCAUCUCGGAGCAGUUCACGGCCAUGUUCCGCCGCAAGGCCUUCCUCCACUGGUACACGGGCGAGGGCAUGGACGAGAUGGAGUUCACCGAGGCCGAGAGCAACAUGAACGACCUGGUCUCCGAGUACCAGCAGUACCAGGACGCCACGGCCGAGGAGGAGGAGGACUUCGGCGAGGAGGCCGAAGAGGAGGCUUGAGGAAGGCCGCCGCCGCGUCCCUCUCCGUCGUCUGUCUUCGUCGCCGUGGAGCCCUCGUCCGUCGUCGUCACCGGAGAAGCCUCUU